AUGUCUAUGAAUUUACAAACACCUUUCACCAUAAAUCAUUCUCAUAAACCAUUACCAGCAUUACCAAAUGAAAUUAGUAAUAACGAUAGAUUAAAUGAUAAAAAGUCAGUUUUAAUAAUACCGCAGGAUUCUAAUGACUUACCAUUAGAUAGCGUAUCGCUUGGACACAUCAGAAAACUUUUAAAACAAAGUUUAUAUAAUUGCACAAUUGAAUAUAAUCCAUGGGAAUCUAUAAUUUUAGGAAUUGUACUUGAUAUCGCAGAGAUUUUGCCAAAAGUUAUUGAUAAAUGCGGUGAAACAAUUAACAACAAUAAUGAAAAAAAUGAUGAAUUCAAUAAUUAUAAAGUGAAAUUCAUUAUUAAUUUGAAGAAAAUAGAAGGUGGCAAACCCAAUGAUACUACUUUUAUUUACAAUCAUUUUGAAGGAACAAAUUUAUUUAAAUAUGAUCAAGAACCUUCAAAAGAUUCACAAGUAAACUGGAUUGGUGGUACAAUUAUGUUGAGAGGAAACAAUCGACAGAUUAAUAGGGUUGAUAAGAUUUUUGAAUUGAUGGUAUUUGUAGCUUGUAAUUUAAAAUUAGAAAUGUGCUUGUUCAGAGAUCAUUCAGCAUCAAGGAUAGAUCAAAAUGAAGGACAAGAUGCUAUGGAGAUCGAAUCAGUUUUAAAAUCUACAAGACGUACCUCUAAACCUUCAUGGUUUGGAUGGCUGAUGAAACAUAAUAAUUUGCCGCAUGUAAAAGAACAUCAAAGACAAAAUUUACAUCAACAUCAACAGAAUGAUCAAAAUCGUAAUCAUCAGCAUAAUCAUAAUCAUUCGCCAUUAUCUAAAUGGUCUACAACUAAACAUCAAAAUUCAAUAACAAAAGCACCGUCAACAAGUAAUUCUUCAAUUAUUAAUGAUAAUGAAAUGGCAAUUUUAGCAACUAAUAAAUUUUCUAGGGCUAUAAAACAAAUGGAAGAAAUUAUAUUGUCAUCAUCUCCUGGAGUGAAAUUUCCUCCGCCUCAUCUUUUAACAAGGUUAAAAGAAGAAGAAACUUGGAUUACUUUACAUACAACUCAGUAUGAUGAUGGCGAUAAUGAUGAUACGUUUAGAUCAUACGCUGUAAAUGAUAUUAUUGACUUGACUAAAGAUUAUUCAAAUGGUAACACUAUAUUAUCAACCAAUCCAACAUAUACAGGAAAAUAUAGAACUUACUAUUCAUCAUUAUCAAAAUUUAAUCAAAUAUCGUUAGAUUUCAAAUCUGGUCUUUCAUACCUAAUGACAAACAAUAAUUCUUUGAACGGAGUAUUUAAGCAUCAAUCAAUUUCAUGUUCUUAUUCUAAAUUUUGGUCUCCAACUUCACUUUCACCUUGUCAUAAUCAUAAAAUAAUUACAUUCGAAUAUUACAAUAGGUAUAAUAAUAAUGCUGAUAAAACACUUGGAGAAACAUUGGAGUAUCUUUAUCAACAGGCAUAUAAAGAAUGCGAAGAGCCAAGUUGUGGCAAAUGUGGUAUUGAUCAUAUAACAACUUAUACACAUAAUAUUGGUAGAAUUUCAAUUACAUUAGAAAAAUCAUCUGAUCUCAAUUUAAAAUCCCUAUCUAACAACAAAAUAAUAUUAUGGACACAGUGUAAAUUAUGUUCUUCAAAAUCACCAUUAAUUGAGAUGUCGAACGCAACGUACUAUUAUUCUUUUGGAAAAUAUUUAGAAAUUUUAUUUUAUAAUGAAGCUUUUUCAUUUAAAGAUUUAUGUCCACAUGUGGAACUAAGGGAUUCUUUAGUUAGGUGUUUUUACAAAGAUGAAUUGGUGGCGAAGAUUGAAUAUGAGCAUGUUGAUUUGUUUGAAAUGAGGUUACCAAAAAUACAAAUUAGUCAUGAUAUGACAAAACAAAAUAAUAUUAAUGCUGAAUAUGAAGAUAUCGAUAAAAUGUUCAUGAUUGAUGAAGAAGACACAAAAAGGCUGUACAAUGAAACAAGACUCGAGAUUACUCAUUUUUAUGGUAGCAUUAAACAACAUAUAACCACAUUGGAAGAGUAUUUUAUAUCUUCGCAUGAUAUAAAGCUUAAAAAUAAUGAAAAAAACGCCACUACAACUGUUGCUGCUGCUGUUGGUAAAAAUAACAAAGAUAAAAUUGAGCAAGAAAAAGAAAUCAAAUAUCAAGAUCAUCUUAAAAUGUUGGAAGAAUUAUCAAACACUUUUCGUAGAGAAGAGUUUGAACUUUAUGAUUUAUUAAAAAGGACCAAAGCUACAAUGUUAAAUAAUGUUAGGAAUCGAUUGGUUGAAAGAAUUAAUGCAACUAAAAAAAGAUUAUUAUCUUGGCAACAAACAUAUAUACCAAAAGAAAAUCAAGAAGAGUAUUCAAAUAUUAAUUGGGUUGAACCUGAAUAUUAUAGCUCAAAAGAAUGCUAUGUUUUUCCUGGAUCUCCGAUAAUCAUAAGAGAAAAUGAACCAAGUUCAAUUAUCGCAUAUUAUUUAAAAGAAUUAUUAUUAAUGAAAAAUAAUGUGAAAUUGACAUCAACACAAUCAGCACCAACCACACCAUUUUCGGAAAAUAAUAACUCACCACCAUUGUCAUCAACAUUUUCUUCACUUUUAAACAAUCUAAGUCGUCCUUCAACAAUUAAUUCGGUGCAAAAAAAAAGUAAUCACCCAACACAAUCACCUUCAUUAACAGAAAUUGAUCCAGAUGGUUUUACGCUGAUUGAUCAAUAUUCAACAAAAAUUAAAAGAAAAUUAGUACGUGAAAAUGCAUUGCCUGGUAGUACUAUAGGUGAUAGAAUCACAUAUGGUAUUGAAACACUUGGAUCGAUGAAAGGAUUUAAUUUAACUCUAUCAAAAGAUAAGAAAAAGAAUCAAAAAGAUAAUGCAAAUAUUCCAAUAAUUGGAAAACUUGGAGGGAUUUUUGUUGAUGGAUUUACUUGGUCUAGACGUAAUAGUCAAAAAGAUAAAGAAAGAGAUAGUCCACAUUUAAAACAUGAAUGUAUACACGGAACUAAGAAAUUUACAUGUACCGUUUAUUAUGCAACACAAUUUGAUUCACUUCGACGUAGAUGUGGUAUUGAAAAUCUUUGCAUUGACUCAUUGUCAAGAUGUACAAGCUGGCAAGCUACUGGUGGGAAAAGUUCUAGCACAUUUUUCAAAACAAGUGAUGAUCGACUUGUUAUAAAGCAAAUGGUAUCAUCUUGGAGAAUAGCAGAAAAAGAUGCACUACUUAAAUUUGCACCAAAAUAUUUUGAAUAUAUGGAUAAAGCACCAAAUACACCAUCAGUUCUUGCCAAGAUAUUUGGAUUUUAUACUAUAAAGAUUAAAGACACGAAAAAAAAUAAUAUAAUAUUAAAGAUUGAUGUGCUUGUGAUGGAACAUUUAUUUUUUGAAAAGACUAUAACCAGGAGAUUUGAUUUAAAAGGAAUACAAGAACGUCAUAUCAAAGAACAACAGCAGAAAAAUGAUGUUACAUUAUGGGACGGUGAUUGGGUAGAAGAGGCUAUACUUAAUGAUACACAAUUUUUGGCUGAUGCUAAUAUUAUGGAUUAUUCAUUGUUGGUUGGUGUGGAUGAUGAAAAGAAAGAAUUAAUUGCAGGAAUAGUAGAUUUUAUCGGUGCAUAUACAUUUUAUAAGAAAUUGGAGUCUAAAGGUAAAACUAUUGGACGUAAUGCAAAAGAAGUAACUGUCUUGCCACCAGAUCAAUACAAAAAUAGAUUUAGGGAUUCAAUGGAACAAUAUUUUUUGGCUGUUCCUGAUAAAUGGAUAAAAUCACCAGCAAGUGAAAACAAUCCUUCGUGUAUAUUGGAUGAUGAUGAAAAGGCAACCCCCACUACGCCUACCUUUAUUACUUCGCCACCUAUAUCUCCUAAUAAUAGUAAUGUAGUAACAACGAAUAAAACCGCUGCCCAAACUUUUCAACCAUUAGCGUUAAUAAAAUUACCAAGCGUAAUAUAA